GUUCAGCAGGCGGCAUCAGAAGUUGAUGGGUUGUUGAAAAGCCAAUUUUUCAUCAUCGAGCAACGUCAAUAAUAACAACUGUAGGAUGGCUACUUCUGCCCUUACUUUAUCCUCAUCACAGGAAUCAGUUCUUUACGAUGAAGGUGUAUUCAAUGAAAUUCAAAAACACGUUGACAUUCAUAAUCUGCCAAUUCUGGAGGAGGAAGAGCUCGUAGAGAGAAAGUAUGAUUUGACAAGACAAGAGCAACUUGUCAAUAAUUUUCCGAUUAAUCCUAUGGGAGACAUUCCAUACAAUCAUUUGUCCACUCAGAUAAAUAUGAACAUUCCAAUAAAAGAAGAAUUUCCAGGAGAAUAUAAUUUCGAAUUAUUGUUAAACAAUCAAGGAGCAGGAAAAAAUUGUGUGUUUUCACAAGAAUUACGCAAAGUUUUCAUAAAUAUGGAACAAACUCUGCCAUUGAAAUUCAAAUGGGAUCCACCGAUUGAUGGUCUGUGGUUGAGGACAACGAUGGUAUUUUCAAUGGAUCAAUACCGCAGUGAUCCAGUUCAGCGUUGUCACAAUCAUAUGGCAACAAAUAGCGUGUCAAAUCAAAAAAUUGAUGAGCGGGUGCUUCGUCAUGUUGUUCGCUGUACUCACUUGGACAGUAUUUACGAAGAAAAUAGUGGUCAUAUGUCAGUUUCAGUACCGUUAGGUACACCUCAACCGGGAUGUCGCUAUGUACCUCUGGGAUUUCAAUUUUUCUGCAAAAACAGUUGCUCAUCAGGUAUGAAUCGUCGCCCAACUGAGCUUGUUUUUACAUUGGAAACGCACCAACGACAAGUUUUGGGAAGAAGAAUUUUACCAGUCAGAGUUUGCAGUUGUCCAAAACGAGACAAAGAUAAGGAGGAGCAAGAAUCUAAUGAUUCUAUUACUCCUAUGCCUGGAAAAAAACGUAAGUUUAACAACCUGGCAACUCAACAAUUUAUCCAGACUCAUCUUCCACCCGGUAAAAAACCCCUCCUUUCCCACUUAUCAUCCCCGAACUAUGAUGUACGUGAGUACGAUAUAUCUAUUAGAGUACCAGGAAAAGAUAACGCCUCUGCUAUUCUAAAUUAUGCAUUUGAACGACUUGCUGGUCGUGCUAUGAGGACUGGGGCACAUCAACACUUUGCACCCUAUAUGGAUGACAUUGAAAACAAAAUGAAUCACAUUAAAUAGUGCUCGUUAUUUAUUAUUAUUAUUAUUAUUAUUAUUAUUAUCAUCA